AUGUCCAACCGCCGACCCUCCAAAAAGCAUCUGAAAGAAGCGCCGUCGGUGGCGGACAUGCUCACCUCGCAGAGGCCUACACCACGUGGCGUCCCGGCGGCCACCAGCCCCACAGGCCCGGAACAGCCUAACCCCCCCAAAUCAAAGGAUCCCCCCAUGGAGGCAUCCUCAACUGCCAUUCUGCACUCCCUGGCAGAAGUGAAGGGUUACCUUGCGGGGGAAAUCAAACGCACAGCGGCGGAAGUUAAGGCCGAAAUCGCGGCCAGAGGGGCCAGAACCGCCAUUAUAGAGCAACGCAUGGAGACUGUGGUCACAGCUCACAACUCUGCCUCAGCCCUCACCAACACUCUGCUCCACAAAAUCACUGACCUAGAGCUGGAGCUAGAGGAUGUCUCGAAUCGAUCGAGACGCAAUAACAUGCGAAUAAGAGGCCUACCGGAAUCCGUGGAAGAAGCAGAUCUGGGGGAGACUAUAGCAACAUACUUCAAACAACAGCUCCCUGACAUCCCUGAACAUCUCUCGCUGAUUGAUAAGGCGCACAGAGCCCUUUGAGCGCGACGCCCUAAACAUAGUCCCCCAAGAGACGUAAUUAUGAAAUGGCACUAUUAUAAAACUAAAGAGGCCAUCCUACGACUCGGCAGAACAACAACGUUUGAAAUUGCUGGCUCGGCUAUACAGCUAUAUCAGGACAUUGCUCCAGCCACGCUCCUACGGAGAAGAGAGUGGAAGCCGGUAACUGACCUGCUGCACGCGAGAUUUGCUUGGGGAUACCCAUUCAAAAUCCUUGUCUUUAACGGCCCUAAACCAGCAAUACUCCAACCGUCCUCAGAUAUUGUGGCAUUCCUUAAAGGCUUGGACAUUGAUGUGCCAGAAGAUUUCCCACUCCCAGCCACUGCUCCGGCGUCACUACCCAUGAUCCCCGCCGACAGCAACGCCAUGUAA